AUUUUAUAUAACUCAUGGGUAGGUCCAUGAACAAGGGGGCUUAUAACAAAUAAAAAAAAAUAAAAAAAUAAAAAUAAAAAAAAUAAAUAAAUAAAAUAUAUAUAUAUAAACAUGAAAGAAAACUACAAACAAGUCGUCAAGAUAAAAUAAUAAUAAUAAUAAUAUUAAUAAUAAUAAUAAAAUGUUUAUUCCAGGCUUUUGAGAUGGCCAUGUUUGAUGAAUCCGGAUCGCGGUAGAAUCCGUCCCCUGUUUUCCGGGGAUCCGAUCAGGAUUCCUGCUGCUCGCUCUCUCUCAAUUGAUCGGUGAAAAAUACCUCCAACUGUCCGGACUGAAUCUUCCUCUCUCCCUCUCCACCUUUACACGUUAUGCCUGCACUGACGCCUUCGAUUUCGCUUCCCUUCAGUUCGGCGUCGUGCAAAUCUCGUAAAUAUGGAUUGCUUUUUAUUUUGUCCCGUCGCCUGUUGAAGUUUUCAAGCACAUUUCCACGGCUGACCGAGUCUCUCUACUGCGCGAGCUUCAUGUUUCCUUCGGCAACUUUCGGAAGUAACUCGGUCCGGAUGUGUUCACACUGUUGAGCUGAGCCGAGCGCUCGUGCACAGGGAUUUUAAAUACGGAUCGCGUCCGAGCCUUUUCAGACUUCUCUUGUUCGUGUUUUAAGUGAUGGCGGAGCGGGGAGCCCUGCUGCUCCUCUCUCUUUUCUGCCUCACAAUCAUCGUUUCACAUGCUGCUAAAGGCUCAUCAGUGAGGAGUUUCAGCCCAUUAUGGUUCUCCGUAGAGCCGUCAGACACACUAGCGGUGCGGGGAGCUCCGGCACUGCUCAACUGCUCAGUCCACAGUGAUACCCCUGCCAAGAUCGAGUGGAAGAAGGAUGGCUCUUUCCUCAACCUGGCGUCAGAUGAUCGCAGACAGGUCCUGGCAGACGGAUCGCUCCUCAUCAGCUCAGUAGUGCACUCUAAACACAAUAAACCUGAUGAAGGGGUUUACCAGUGCGUGGCCACAAUAGACAACCUGGGAACAAUCAUCAGCCAUACUGCUAGACUCAGUGUAGCAGGUAUACCACGGUACCUCAGUCAGCCAGAAUCUGCAUCGGUUCAGGUUGGUGACAGUCAUGUGCUGAGCUGUGAAGUGAACUCUGAGCUAGUGCAUUUUAUCCGCUGGGAGCAAGACAAAGAUCCGGUUGAGCUGGAUGAUAGAGUCUUCAUGCUACCCAAUGGAGCUCUUGUCAUCAGUAACAUCACCGAGGCAGAUGCAGGACUGUACCGCUGUGUGAUCGAGAACGCUGGACCUACCAAGACCAGUGACGAGGCACAAUUACACAUUCUGCCCAAAACAGGGGAGGACAGGAGCCUGGAGUUCCUGCAGGUGCCUCAGCCCGUGUCUAAAGUGGUGGGGGAGAAUGUGCUUCUCCCCUGUGUGGUGACUGGAUAUCCUACAGAUGGAUAUGUCAGAUGGAUGCACAACGACCAGCUCAUUGAGGAGAGUAAGGACCGUUUUGAAGUGCUCGGCGGGGGGAGUCUGCAGAUCUUCAAUCUCACUGAGGAAGACGCUGGUGUGUACAGCUGCCUGGCAGACAAUACCAACUCAUCCAUUGAAGCCCAGGCUGAACUCACGCUUAAAGCUCCCCCACAAUUCCUGAAGAAACCUGCUGACAUCUACGCUCAUGAAGCUACAGACGUCAUCUUUGAGUGCGAGGUCACUGGCUCUCCUGCUCCCACCAUCAAAUGGGUGAAGAACGGAGAUGCUGUCAUUCCUAGCGACUAUUUCAAGAUCAUUAAGGAGCAGAACCUGCAGGUGCUUGGAUUGGUCAAGUCAGAUGAAGGGUUCUAUCAGUGUUUAGUUGAGAACGACGUUGGCAAUGUGCAGUCCAGCGCUCAACUUAUCAUUCUGGACCACGAUGUUGCCCUUCCCUCACCCCCGUCCACCUCACUGACCCGUGCAACUACUGACCAUCUAAUACCAGGCUCUGGAGGCAGCACUGGCCCCACACCCUCGGCCCCUCGUGAUGUCGUGGCCUCGCUGGUCUCCACCCGCUUUAUCAAGGUGACCUGGCGCCUGCCGGCCGAGACGCAUGGAGACGACAUCACCUACUCUGUUUACUACAGUCUGGAGGGCACUAGCAGGGAGAGGACCGUCAACACUAGUCGUCCCGGAGAAAUGCAAGUCACCAUUCAAAACCUUCUGCCAGACACCAAGUAUGCCUUCCGGGUGGUGGCCCACAACAGGAAUGGCCCCGGAGAGAGCUCAGCUCCUUUGAGGGUAGCCACCCAACCUGAGGUCCAGGUACCUGGACCAGCUCCUAACCUCCACGCUGAGGUCACGUCCCCCACCACAGUCAGCCUCAGCUGGGACAUGCCCCUCACCGGCAAUGGCGAGAUUCAAAACUAUAAAAUCUACUACAUGGAGAAGGGUCUGGGAAAUGAGCAGGAUAUGGAUGUAAAUACACUGUCUCACUCUAUGACUGGGCUGAAAAAGUUCACAGAGUACAGUUUCAGAGUGGUAGCCUACAACAAACAUGGACCUGGAGUCUCUACUGAGGAUAUAUCCGUACAGACCUACUCUGAUGUUCCCAGUGCUCCUCCACAGAAUCUGACCGUUGAAGUGCAGAACUCUAAGAGCAUCAUGGUCAGAUGGCAGCCUCCUCCAGCAGAUGCUCAGAACGGUGAGAUCUCCGGAUACAAGAUCCGUUACAGGAAGGGUGCGAGGAAGAGCGAAGUGACGGAAAUUACUUCAGGAUCACAGCUCUAUCAGCUCAUAGAUGGUCUACAGCGAGGCACAGAAUACAUGGUGCGAGUGUCAGCUAUUACAGUCAACGGCACAGGACCUGCCACAGAAUGGACCACUGCCGAGACCUUUGAGAGUGAUCUGGACGAGACAAAAGUGCCAGACGUCCCCAGCUCUCUGCAUGUACGGCCGCUUGUGAACAGUAUUGUAGUGAGCUGGACUCCUCCAGAGAAUCAGGACAUCGUGGUGAGAGGUUACACUAUUGGCUAUGGGAUUGGCAGCCCUCAUGCCCAGACCAUUAAAGUGGACUACAAACAGAGAUACUACACCAUCGAAAACUUGAAUCCCAGUUCACAUUAUGUUAUCACCCUGAAGGCCUUCAACAAUGUUGGCGAGGGCAUCCCUGUGUAUGAGAGCGCCAUCACACGACCUCAGUCAGACCCCAUAGACCCUGAUGUUGAUUUGUACGAACUUUUCCAUGCUCCAUACACUCCAGUACCAGACCCCUUACCCAUGCUGCCUCCUGUGGGCGUUCAGGCGUCCGUUCUGAGUCACGACACCAUCAAAGUCACCUGGGCAGACAACUCGCUACCCAAGAACCAGAAGAUCACAGAUGCACGCUACUACACAGUGCGUUGGAAGACAAACAUACCUGCAAACGCAAAGCUGAAGGUGGCCAACACCACCACCCUCACUCACACAGUGACGGGUCUGAAGCCCAACACCUUGUAUGAGUUCUCAGUCAUGGUGACUAAGGGCAAGAGGACCAGUACAUGGAGUAUGACUGCACACGGAACAACUUUUGAAACAAUCCCAAGUUCUGCACCUAAAGAUGUGACUGUAGUGAGCAAAGAGGGGCGACCACGAACCAUCAUCGUCAACUGGCAGCCACCUUCAGAGGCCAACGGCAAGAUCACAGGUUACAUCAUUUACUACAGCACUGAUGUGAACGCUGAGGUUCAUGACUGGGUCAUUGAGCCAGUAGUUGGGAAUAGACUAACCCACCAGAUUCAGGAGCUCACUCUUGAUACCACCUACUACUUCAAGAUCCAGGCGCGUAACUCCAAAGGCAUGGGUCCCAUGUCUGAAGCAGUGCAGUUUCGCACUCCCAAAGCUGAAUCCUCUGACAAAAUGGCUAAUGACCAAGCUCCUGGAAUAUCUGUGAAAUCAGGAAGAGUUCCUGCACCAGACCAAGGCUUUGGAUCUGUCGGGAAAUCAGAUAUGUCCGGCACUGGUGAGAACCACAUCCUGGUUAUCAUCAUCAUUGUGUCCGUCGGAGCUUUCACCAUCAUUGUGGUGGUGGUUGGAGCUUUCCUGUGUACACGCCGUACCACCACACAGCAGAAAAAGAAACGCGCAGCCUGCAAGUCGGCCAACGGAUCCCACAAGUACAAGGGCAACUCUAAAGAUCUGAAGCCACCAGAUCUCUGGAUCCACCACGAGCGCUUGGAGCUCAAACCGAUUGAUAAAUCACCUGAACCCAACCCGGUCAUGACCGACACUCCAAUCCCUCGAACCUCCCAGGACAUCACCCCAGCGGACGGCUCCAUGGACCCUAUGCUGCAGAGACGCAACUCAUACCGUGGCCAUGAAUCAGAGGACAGCAUGUCUACACUGGCAGGCCGUCGAGGAAUGAGGCCUAAAAUGAUGAUGCCAUUUGAUGCACAGCCCCCUCAGCCUGUGAUUAGUGCCCACCCCAUCCAUUCCCUCGAUAACCAUCACCAUCAUUAUCACUUGGGCAGCCUGGCCUCGCCGACACGCAGCUAUCUCCGUCACCAGAGCAGCUCACGGCCCUCUCCCAUCUCUCAUCUAGACCGAGCUGAGUCCACAGAGUCAGUGAGGAACACGCCUAGUGCAGACCUGCACCCCCCCUCCUGCCAGCCCUCCUGCGCCACUGACACCUCUGAGACCGACAUCAGUUACCACAGCUCAGUCACUGAGGACGAGCCCGUGUUCAGUGCUCCCACCGCACACGUGCGGCCCACACAUGCCCUCAAGAGCUUCGCAGUGCCCGCCAUCCCAGCUCACCCGCACUACGAUUCAGCAGCACUACCCGGUACUCCUCUCCUCACUCAGACAGGGCCGCACUCGGUUAAGAUGGCGUCUAUCGGUACAUUGGGAAGGACGCGAACACCCAUGCCUGUUAUAGUGCCAAGUGCACCAGUCGUGUCGGACAGCAGCAGACUGCAUGAAGAUGCCGGGAGCGUGAGUACUUCUAAUUACGAGACAGACGAGUUAUCGGAGGAAAUGGCCCAUCUGGAGGGCUUAAUGAAGGACCUAAAUGCCAUCACGACGGCCUGAGCACAAUCUUCACACUAACACUAGCCCUCAGCUGCCACAGGGGGGUGUUCAACAUGGAGG